CAGUCAGCGAAACAUGUGAAGAAAACAUGGGGAGGCAGUUAGUUUGAUAUUUAACUGUUGUUGACGUUUGUGAGCUAAAGUGUAACUUUUAACGGACUCUGAUAGUAGUCAGCUAAGCGCGAGGUAGCCUGAAGUCAGGUUAGUUAGCUUUACUAGCACGGUUAUACUACUUUUCGGUUGUUUUGCUAGCUUUUAGCGCGCUAACAGCAUGGAAAACACGCAGGGAAACGAGAUUCAGCUCCACGGAGAUGAAGAAAUCAUUGAAGUCAUCGACCUAAAUGAGGAGGAUGCUGGUCCAGAUGACUUGGCUGACGAGUUGGAGGAUGUCGACUUUGAAGACUCCGGGAACGUGGAGGAUGACGAAGGCUGGGAGACGGAGGACGAGAUGGAAGCUGAGGCAGAGCGAGACGACAGCGAGCUCACCUUCUCCAAACACACCGGUUUAGUCCUCACUGUGAGACUGGACCCUGCCACAAACAGCAUGGCCGUAACCGGAGGAGAGGACGAUAUCGCCUACGUCUGGAGGGUGAGCGACGGAGAACUCCUGCUGGAGUGCAAAGGCCACAAAGACUCUGUGACGUACGCCGAGUUCAGCCACGACUCGUCCAUGCUGGCGUCGGGCGACAUGAGCGGCUUGAUUAAAGUGUGGAAAGUAGAAACCAAAGAGGAGAUUUGGUCUUUCGAAGUGGAAGAUCUGGAGUGGAUGGAGUGGCAUCCCUGCGCUCCGGUGCUGAUGGCGGGAACAAACGACGGCAACGUGUGGAUGUGGAAGAUCCCGUCAGGAGACUGUAAAACCUUCCAGAGUCCUGCGUGUCCGGCCACCAGCGGCAAAAUCCUGCCUGAUGGGAAACGUGCUGUGGUUGGUUACGACGACGGGACGAUACGCGUCUGGGAUCUGAAGCAGGGAAACGCUAUCCAUGUCAUCAAAGGUCAGGACGGACACCAGGGGGCGCUCACCUGCCUGGCCUGUAACAAGGACGGCUCUCUGGUGCUGACCGGCUCCGUUGACGGCUGUGCCAAGCUCAUCAACACCACCACAGGAAAGGUGGUGGGUGUGUUCACUGUGGACGGAGGCAAAGCCGGAGGAGCCAGAGACAUGGAGGACUCCAACUCUGUGGAAUCUGUGGGAUUCUGCAACAUCCUUCCUCUGGUGGCGGUGGCGUACCUGGAUGGGACUCUGGCCAUAUAUGACCUCGCCACACAAGCAGAGAGGCACAGGUGCCAACAUGAGGCUGGCAUCGUUCAACUACAGUGGGAGGAGUCUUCUUCUGUGGUGUCCACCUGCUGCUUAGACGGAGCGCUGCGUUUAUGGGACGCCCGCUCCGGCAGCAUGGUGUCGGAGUACCUCGGCCACGGUGCCGAGAUCCUGAGCUUCACACUCAACAGGGAAGCAACGCUCGCUGUCACUGCUUCAGGAGACUUUCGGGCCAAAGUCUUCUGCCUGCAGAGACCAGACCGGUAAAGAGAGCAGGAAGAGAUGAGCAGGAGGAGGAGCAGGAGGAGGAAACACUUCAGCAGAAAUAACAGAGACAUUUCAUAAUCUGACUUUUUGUUCUCUAAUCCUGCAGAGAGCACGUCGUGGUGUGGUCUCACCAUCUUAUCUGACCUGUUUUACUUGGAUUAUAGCAUCCAAAAGAUUCCGUUUCACCAGAACUUCAGUUGUGCGUAAUUGGCAGAAGAAAAGAGUUUUUGAGAUAAAACAUGAGACAGAAAAUUUUGUUUGAUCUCAAUUAAAAUGUAAGGAGUGAAUUACCCCUAGUCCUAGUUUACCCUCUAAAAGUGUGAGUGUGUGCGUGCAUGUGUGUGUGUGUGUGGUCUUUAAAGAGACGCAUCAUGAAUAAUCUAGAUUUUGAUGCAAGUGUAAAUACAGACAAAUAAAUAAUAUACUUUCUGGGUCACCAUGUAAAUUGAUUUUUGAGCAGGCGUGGUUUCCUUUGUGACUAAUGUCAACGCCCACCUCUUAGAACAUUUCAACUUCAUCUAUUUCUGUCUGUGUUUAGAUGAGAAGCAAUGAGUUUAUACUUAUUGGAGGACAAAAGUGGAUCCUCUGGUCACAGUGACAUGAAGUGGGCUGAGAUGAAUUUUAAUGGGCUCUUGUUUAGACUAUCGUUUUUUUCUGUUUUACCCAAAUCUGUUUUAUCUAAUUUAUCAGAUAUGAGUCAGUCUGGAAACAUCAGGACCUUUAAGUUUCCCAAAACCACCACCGGGAUAUGAUUAAAUGUAGAAAAUUGUAAAUGUGGAGGUGGUGAGUACAGUCAUAGUGGCAGAUUCUCUUUAGAAAAUCCCAAAUUCUUCAUAAAAUCCUGCAUUAACUACCAAAUUUCAUUAAUCCAGUGUUACAUCGAAGCCCUGUCUGUGUGAUGUUGAACGAUCUUGUUUUGUUAUUUCUUGUCAAAGAUGUGAGACAUGCAUCAGCUCCUCCUUUAAGCUCAUGGCAGGUUAAGCUGCUUUUCAUUCUUCAUUUGUUAAUAGUUUCGGCUGUGUUCAUGCAUUUGGCAUGAAUUUUGGCAAGAUUUUAUAUUUUUAUUUGAUAUUGUAAUUUCCAGCUCAGCUCCUGCAGUAAGGCUAAAAUACACUGAGGACAAACUAUAGUUACACUCUUAAGGUUGAGCACGUAAAACGCGCCAUUGAAACACAUUAA